AGACUCCGGAAACACGUUUUUACUGUGCGUAGUGUUUGGAGAGCAACGUAGAAGUACCGAGGCACGAGGAGAUGGAACUUGUUCUUUUACUCCCGGUCUGGUUAUUGUUUUCCUGCCUCAGUAAUUUGACUGAGGCGAACUUAAAGCAUUCUCCGAGGAUGAUAUUCUCAGACACAGCGAAAAUAUUGAGUUUACCGGAACACCAAGCACCUGUACAGAUUCUACUGGACAACCAGAAGGACACUGCCAUAGCUGUUGGACAAGCACACGUCAUUUUCCCCAACUUUCAAGACUGUACAAAUAAAGAAGAAAAGGUGCUGUGGCAGGAAUGCAAGGACUGCAACUAUAACAUCACUGUUGUACAAUGGAGGGAAAAGGCCAACCACCUGUUUGUGUGCGGAACCAAUGGCAGGCUGUCUCAGUGCUGUGACUUGAAUGUAACACAGCCGUUAUCCACCUGUUUUCUUCCUGAUGAACUGAGAUUUAUAAGUGAUAACAUAGAGGAAAGUGUGAUAAAGGAAGGCGAACAGGCUGCCCUUGUGGAAUCUGGGCAAAAAGCGGAUCUGUACAUCACACAAUCUGGGUCUCAAGAACAUGCCGGCCUUUACAAGUUUGGUGAAAAAACAGUUAGACCAGUAAAGUGUAACAAAGAUGAGCACUAUGUGGGUUUGGUGGUCAGCAAAGGGAGAGAAGAUCGCUUGCAGGACAAAGUGUAUGCCUUCUAUAAGCAGAAAAACACUGACACUAGCACGUAUAGCGAUAUGUGGCUCCCUUUUGUGACCCGAGUAUGCAUGUCAGAUCGUGGUGGUCCCAAGAACAGGCUGCAGUAUAAGUGGACUUCCCAGCUGAAUGCUAAGCUCUUCUGUGGAAACAAUGACACCAAACAGCAUUUCUCUGAGCUGGUGGAUACGGCCACUGUCCAUGCAGACCACUGGCAGGAUACCAAGAUCUAUGCACUGUUCAGAAAUGAAUGGGGAAUGAGUGCGGUGUGUGUCUACACGAUUCGAGACAUAGACAAGGUCUUCGCAAAAUCCACAUUUAAAAACUUCAGGACAGAAGGCGACACGUCAAUGCGAAGAGAGUGUGUCGCUGAUAGCACUAGUCAGAUUUCCAGUGAAAUCCUUACGAUGAUUGAGCGGACUACAGAGAUGGAUGACUGGGUUCUGCCUGUGAAAAACUCCGGCCCAAUUCUCUUCAGCCACCACAACUACACCCACAUCUACGCAGACAAGUGGAACAAUGACUUCACGGUUUUGUUUCUGUCUCUGAGUAACGGAGCAAUUCAUAAGGUGACGCAUAAUGAAAGUGACACCUUUAUCACCGCCGAGUAUAAACCCUUCAAAGAAAAGACCCACAUCGUUGGCAUGCUCUUACACCCACAGUCUGGAAAGCUGUAUGUGAGCACCAGACGUGAACUGGCCCAGCUGGAUGUGGCAAACUGUGACCAAUAUGGAAACACCACAAUGGACUGUUCAUUAUCCAGAGAUCCUUACUGUCACUGGAACGGCAAACACUGCACCAAGGCAACUGGGAUUCAACAGGCUGAAACCAGCAGGAACACCGGUGUUCACCCUGCUCAUCGGGGAAAAGAAUUUAGAAAUGCCAAUGAGGAGUCACAAGACGAUGAGAUUGUGAUCAAACUUCGAAACCAGUCCAAGUUUUUCCUGAAGUGCCCGGUGUCCUCCCGUCAUGCCCAGUAUACCUGGGUCCACACUGGCGGCAACACAUCCUGCAGCUCCAAGAACGAGCAGUGCCUCCUUCUGAUUGACAGCAUGGAUCGCAACCUGGAGGGAACACACAAAUGUAUAUCAGAGGAGAUGGGUGACACAAAAAUCCUGGCAACGUACCGACUGCAGCUGGAAAACAGAGCUGUGGGACAGCAAGCAAGCCUGAUGCUCUGGGUCUGUUUAGUGUUUGUCCUGAUUAACAGUUGGUUCCAUUUGUAAAUGACAUGGUACGGCACGAUAAUAUAGAGUUGCGGCCUGUGUGUGAGAGUGCAUACUCUAGCAGUGGCUUGUAUCAUAAUGCUAUUAAUGUAAGUUAGAAUUAUUUAACACAGAUAUUCCUCUGCAUUUGGUACAUAGUGUAUCAACACAUCAGUGUUAAUACACUAUUCAUUCAAGUGCACGGCCCAAUUUUACUGAAAGCAGAAUUUAAGCUUUGAUCAAAAGAAGCUUUAAAGGAAUAGAAAACAUGUGUGAAAGCUCAAGUAUUCUUCUUUUAGCACAACAUAUCAGGAGUUGAAGAUUCAUUGCACUUUGUGUGUGUGUGUGUGUGUGUGUACUUGUACAGCUAUCUUUCCGAGAACCAGUUUAAGUUUUAUACCAUCAGAUUGAGGACAUUUGUGCAAAGUGAGGAAAUUUUGGCCAGUCAUCAAUUUUUGGCUUCAUCUUUUGACUGUUUUGAAGGUUAAACCUCAGUUUUAGGGUAAAGGUCACAAUUAGGCUAUGGUUAUGGUUAUGGUUAGGGCUAGGCAUUUAGCGGAGAUGGUUAGCGUUAGGGUAAGGGGCUAGGAAAUGCAUUAUGCCAAUGAGUACCCUCACAAAGAUGGCCAUACAAGAAUGUGUGCGUGUGUAUCCACAAUCCAAUAAUGAUGUGGAUUUUUUUAAGGUUUAAGUUGAAUUUUAACAGUGGUUUUGUAUGAACACCAAUUUCAAUGUAAAGUGGGGGGUAUUUUGCACAUGUUUUAUUCUACCUCAGACAAUGGCCUACUGUGAUAUUCUCUGAAACAAGUUAAUACUGUGAAAAACUCCUGAUAUGUUGAAAGAAGUUGAGAUAUGUCACUUCCCCCAAGCCAUUGCAGGCAGUCAUGCGAACAGCCAGCAAUCUCUGUGUGUGUCAACACAGUUUAUAACGAGGGAAAUUCAGCUUCCACCAGCUUUAGCACAUAGAAAAAGAUGUAACAGAUAUUUAUGUAAUACAGUAAUAUAUAUAUAUAAUGCCGUAUAAAAAAUAUGAAGUUGUAUCAGCAAUGGCCAGAGUCCAUUUGGUUCCUCACAGGGAGGCGCUGUAUGGUCUUCAUGUGCUGAGGGAUGAAGCUGGACAGAGACAGCAGCCUGUCACUGAACCAGCUUCUCUGCCUAAAAGGUGUCGCGUAGAGAUUAGUGGACAUUGUCCACGAUGCACUGAAGUAAAUUUUCCUUUACUCAUUUCUAGACUUUCCGUUAGCUUAUAUUAAAGAAUUUGGCUUUAACUUUGUUGCUUGCGUGUGUUGCUAUUAUUGCCUUAUCUAUGAACAACAUUGAAAAUUAAGAAUGGCUUUAAUGUGUACUGAAGCAAUACAGUAAUUUCCAUAGAAUUACCAGAUGCCUUAAAUGUCAUCUGCAGAGUCUUGGGAAAUUCUUUGGAGAAGGGCGAGCACACACAAAAAAAAAAAAAAAUACGUGACAGGUUUUUGGUCAGCGUUUCAUGCUCUGUGAAUGUGAAAAAAGGAAACAGUUGCAAAACAGGAAGAGGAACAGAGUUUUGUGCGCAACAAUAAACCUGCAAAUGUGA